AUGCAUUCCUUUGAGAAUGGCCGGUCGGAGAAGAAGCCGGCCAUCUUCCAGCCGUCGAGCGGCGACGAGGAGACGCAACCCCCAGCGACUCUCGGCACUGUUACGGAGCUGCACGACCUCACGGUCCUAGGCUAUAAGCCAGAACUUCGCCGCAACCGUUCCAUGUUCACCUUGCUCUUCCAGUCACUAGCUAUUGCAGCAAUACCAUAUGGCUUUGGCGGGCCCCUCAUUUCUGCGAUAUAUGGCGGAGGCCAGCUGCCGAUGUUUUUGGGUUGGGUGGUCGUCCUUAUUGUCGAUGAGUGCGUGGCAUUGUCCCUCGGCGAAUUUGCGUCCAAAUAUCCGACCUCUGCCGGGCCAUAUUACUGGUCUUUCCAGCUCGCAGGCCCCAGUGUUCGAACAGUGCUGUCCUUCAUUACCGGCUGGACUUGGCUAAUUGGGAACUGGACGAUCACGCUGAGCGUUAACUUCGGCUUCGCCUCGCUGAUCGCUGCGACUGUGGCGCUCUACCACCCGGACUGGACACCAGAGCCAUGGCAGCUGCUGCUGAUAUUUUACGCGAUCUGCUUACUCGCCUUCGUCAUCGUCGCUUAUGGGAACAGGCUACUUCCGAUGGUUGAUACCAUCUGCGCCGCGUUCACUGCCAUCAGCAUCCUGAUCACCCUGAUUUGCCUUUCGGCAAAGGCCUCGGCUGGGAGACACUCAGCCAGAGACACCUUGGGGCAUUAUGAUACGUCUCUCUCCGGCUGGGGAGGGUUUUCAUUCUUCAUAGGCAUCCUCCCUGCAGCAUACACGUUCUCGGCUAUCGGCAUGAUCACGUCCAUGGCGGAAGAAUGCGGAGAUCCGACCACGAAGCUACCAAAGGCCAUAUCGCUGUGUGUUCCCGUGGGAGGAAUCGCCGGUCUCUUCUUCAUCAUCCCCAUCUGCGCGACCCUGCCGCCCCUGGAAGACAUUCUUGCUGCGCCGGUGGGGCAGGCCCUACCGUAUAUUUUUGGAGUGGUUAUGGACUCACCUGGCGGCGGACUGGGCCUCACGUUCCUCGUCCUAGUCAUCACGCUGUUCUGCUCAAUCUCCAUCACGGUGGCUGCAUCGCGGUGUACUUGGGCAUUCGCACGCGACAAGGCUCUUCCUUUGUCUCGGCUCUGGUCGAAAGUUGACAUCCGGCACGGAACGCCCAUCUGGGCUCUCACAUUGACUACAGUUGUACAGAUGCUACUUGGACUCAUCAACCUUGGGUCAUCGUCAGCUUUCUUGGCGUUCGUGUCAGUCGGCGUGAUCUCCUUGGCUGUGUCCUAUGGAAUCCCCAUCGCUAUUUCCCUCUUCCACCGCCGCAGAGACGUCAACGGCGCACGAUGGACCAUGGGAAGCACCGUCGGCUGGGUUGUCAACGUUAUCGCCCUUCUGUGGAUCAUUUUUGAGAUGAUAUUAUUCUCAAUGCCGACGGUGUUACCAGUAACGGAAGUCUCCAUGAACUACGCCAUUGUGGUUUUCUUCGGUUUCAUGGCCAUCAGCGCGACGUGGUAUGCAAUUCAUGCCCGGAAAGUCUACAAGGGACCCCCGGAGUCAGAUGGGCUCGUCGUUACUUCUUGA